CUUAGUAUAUAUUUUAAUUUAUCUACAAUCACAUGUGAUAUAACAAUUCCUAAAAUAGUUGUAAAAUCAAAUAGUUGUAAUAUUAAGAAUUGAUAACCCACUCACUUGUUUUUGAUGUAUUUAUCCAGUCUUAAUAUUUCUUCAUGCUGUUUGAACGGUCCCAAGCUGUUGUAGGGGUGGUGCUCCUCUAUCUCACUGGAUUGACAUUAUUUGGUAGCAGUGCUUCUCUCUUGAGGGAAUGAAGUAACCCAUUCCAAAGGAAAUGUGUGGAAAUAGAAAGCUAAGGUCCCUCCAAUUAAAUGAAGAUGGACAUGGCUUAGCAAUAGUGGUAGGUUUGGUAGUUAGCUUUGCAUGAGUUUAUAUGGAGAGAAAAAGAGUAGGGUCCAUUACUCUUAAUUUGGAGGAAACAACUCCUUGUGUGUUUUUAUUUUCUUUGGCAGAGGAUGUGAGCAAGGCAAUGACUCCCUUCCAUAUGCACCUCACAUUUCUUUGCUAUGUAAUGGUAAUACUUUUGCAAAUUUAUUGCACCCUUUCACAACUCAAAGUUAUUUCGAAAGUGUGUUUCAUCUGUAAAUUUCCAAAACUUGUGUAAAAGGUUUUAUACAAGUAUACCAAGUAGGUUAUUAUUAAAAAAUAGUCGUCUCAGUUCAGCCCAUGAUUGGGCCGUCCGCCUUGUUGCCCAUGCGCGCCUUGUUGGGCCUGAUCCGUUACGCGCACCUGGAGUCGUUUACCUUGCACGAUUGUGGGCCUUUAUCGGGCCUAGAGUCGGGUCCAUCAGACCCGAUAUCCAUCACAAUCCCCCUAGUUUCCUGGCGACGUGUCGCGAGGAAACUAAUGAUAAGCCGCCUUCGGUUUUCGUGUCGGAUUGGAAAGGUCCAUGAAUCCUCUAUCAUCAAAGAGGAUGAACUUCAAGAAAUGGAGGAAUUCCUGGGAAAAGGCUUCCGGAUUCACCAUCCUGAUGCUGUCGGGGGGAUCAGUCUUACUCAUAAUCCGGAUCUCCAGAAAUACAUGGUCAUUCAUUACCACUCGGUGGGGAAUGGGUUCAGGUUGCCCCUCCAUGGUUUAGUUCGCGACAUCUGCCAGACCUUCGAGUUCCCCCCUGGUCAAAUGACCGCGAAUGCACACAAAUAUGUUGCAUCCUACAUCUUGCGGUGCUGUGCCCAGGAUAGGACCCCAAGUCUGGACGAAUUUCUCGCUCUUUUCAGCAUCGGUGAACUUUUCCCUUUCUACAGUGUAUUUCCUCAUCCAAAGUUCCCAGUUUUUGAGAAGGCUCAAGGUGGCGCUACUACCUUGGUAAUUUGCACCCCAUCUACUGCCCUGGAUGCUGUCCCCAUUUCUGCCAUUCCUGGGCUAAGGAAGCCCAUACCAUCCCAGAAGCGGCCACAGGAAGGGGUAACUGAUGACGACUUUCUUCCCAAGAAGAGUAAGGGUGAUGGCACCCCUGCUUCGCCCAGCCCCCUGACUACUCCUUCGGGCAUUCAAACUGCCACUACCGCUGUCGCAUCUGGAGAGCUGGAGUUACCCAACCCAGGUAGCUUGGACUGUGAAGCGGAUAAAUCUCCUGAUCAAGCGCCACCUCGAAGACCAGCGAGGCGAUCCCAGCCUGUGGUGGAAAACACCUCCCCGCCAACUGCCGCUGCCUCCCAAGGGAUGGAGAAAGAGGUUGGAGGACAGAAGGAACCGGAGGAACAACAUUCCGCCGCAACGCCCCCGACCUUCAAUCUCCCGAUCCGGUGCAGGUUCACGCCGCAGACCUAUCUUGUCUUCAAGGAGGGUUGGGCAGCUAUGGAGGUCCUAAAGGAUAAGGAGUUGGCCGCUAGAGCUCUGCAACAGAAGGUUGGUUCCCUCGAGCAGCAAGUCCAAACCCUACAAAAGGAGAAUGCCAGGCUCAAAGCAGAUGCCUCAGCGAAACUGCUGGCUGAGAGGUCCAGGGUCAAGUCCCUGCAAGAGCAGAUUGCCACCUACCAAGGUAGUACCCAGGACCUGGAGGCACAGUUUGACAAACUCCGGGGGCAAAUCUCCUGUCUGGAGUCGAAAGUCUCUGCCCUGGAAGGCAAAGAGGGGAGUCUGAAAGCUGAACUAGUUGAAAGGGAAUCCAGGAUCUCCAAGUUGGAGAAAUCACUCUAUGAGGCCAAGCAAGAGGGUGCCCACUUUAGUGAGGUCAUGUUGAAACACAUGGGGUUGAAACGGGAAGCCCUCCAGAAGCUGGAGAAGGAGAGAAAGAUUGCCAAUGAGCUCCGGUUGAACGUGGGAGAACUGGAGAAGACUGUGGCUUCCCAUCAAGGAGAGGUGGCCGCCUUGACUGCCCGUGCAGAGGCCCUCUACGAAGAGGGGAAAUUUGACAUGCAGUUCUGCAUUUAUGAGGCGAUCCGGAGUGGUCUUCCGGCUCACCGGACCUUGAAUGAUUUCAUCACAUACUACGGCUUGCCUCUUCCUCUUCCUCCCCCAGAUUCUCGUGCCAAUCUGGGACUUUGAUUUUCUUUCUCCCCAACAGUUGUUGCAUUUUGCCUUGUAAUAUUUUUGUUGUAUCAACAUAGUGAUGCUUGUAGCAUUUUAUCCUUUGUCAAUAUCUCGUUUGUAUUUACAUCCCAGUAGAUUCCUUGCUUUGGGCUAACUGUUUUC